CUAAGAAAGCUACACAGGCUUUUGACAGCUGACUGCUGUGGGCAGCCCCCUCAAAGACCAUUGAGUCUCGAAGCACAGAGAAAAGCAGAGGGACAGGCUCUCGACACACGACUGUCUGCACUGGCUCCAGGCUGGGAUUUGCUGCCUGCCUGAGUUAGAAUCUCCAUCGAAUCUGAGCCGAGUCGAGCGCCCAACGCUCAAGAGAGCAUCUGGGACAGAAGGUACAAAUUAUUCAGCCGUUCGCCAAAGCCCAGGCCGUGGUCAGAAGUGGGGAUAUUUCAAUACAGACAAUAUUUCCUGAUAGAAGAGGUGUCGGUCAUCUGAGCUCAGACACAAGGACGGUGCUUUCACACCCAGCUCCCUGCCGGUCACCUUUGCUGGCUAUGGCGGAGGAGGGAGUAAUCUACACUUAUCUAACCCACCCGGCAGGCUCCCUGCCCAGCGACUCGUCAGCCCCGGUGCAGCAUCACACUUGUCCGCAGUGUCCGCUUUGGCAUCGGGUGGGCUGGGCCGGGAACAUCGUCCUGCUGGGAGCAGUGAUAGUGCUGGCUGUCCUGGUUGGCCAGCGCCCAUCCCAGAAUUGUCAGAUGGCAGCCGUCCCACAGACUUCUCCGAAGAGCGACUCAUGUGAGAUAAGUCGAAACACAACACCGCACCACCGUACAUUGGAGAAUUUCCAAUCUUGCUUGAAGCAAAACUUGUGUGGGGUGGAAAACAGCUCGGCAGAGGGCUCCGGGUGCAAACUCUGCCCCAGGCACUGGGUGCCGCACAGGGACAAGUGCUACUGGCUUUCUGAAGAGAACCAAUACUGGAACAGGGGCCAUGAUGACUGCUCACAGAGGAGAUCUCACCUGCUUGUGAUCCAGGACCGGGAGGAACUGGAGUUCACACAGAAUCUUACAGGAAAUCAAAAUCCGGUGUGGAUUGGACUCAACAUCACAUCCCCAGGGAGGAAGUGGACCUGGGUGGAUGGUUCCCCGUUAAAUCAAACGCUAUUCACGGUAUCGGGUCCUGCAGAAGAGAACAGCUGUGCUGCAGUAAAGAAGAAUCAGAUCAAGUCUGAAAUCUGCAACACUCACUAUAAAUGGAUUUGCCAAAAGGAAGCUGUGCGCAUUUAAAUGGGAGGAUUGGCGACCUCUGUCUGCAUCUAUGGAAUGCAGAACACCCUGGGUUCUCGUCUCCAUUGCAGCUAACAAAGUCUCAGGCAGUGUAAAAGCGCCGAUAAAGUGAAUGGCGCAAUGCUGAUUUAUACCCAUUGGGGGUCUGGGCCCAUUGCCUCCAAUGAAGUUGCGGCCAGUUCACACCAGCUGGAAAUCUGGCCUUUUGAUUAUUUUUUAAAAAAAUAAUUCUAUAAUUUUUUUAUUUUUACACAGUGUUCUAAUAUUGUCUUCAGAGUAUUAAAAGAUUCCUGGGACAUUAUUGAUGGUAACACCUAGAGGCCCCAGCUGAGAUCA